UGAAGACCAAAAGGACGACAAAUCCUCCACAGUUAUCGCCAGACACGACAUCACGAUCUCGGAUCUAGACUACAUCACAUCUGCCCCCCUAAACGGAUUCGUAUGCUUCACACGUGGUUCUUCGUUGUUCUUUGUAAUCCCACCAAUGGAAGUACACAAACUUUUCCCGUUCCUAAGUCCAACAGAAGAGACAUCUACGCGCGUCUCGGGUACGAUCCCGUCAAAGAUGAAUACAAAUUGUUGUGUGUGAGGAUGUUCCAUGGGUGGGACGGCGAUAGAAGACAGGAUCAUCUGGUUCACUCGCUAAACUUUAAGUUCAGAUGGAGAAAGAUCCAGACCAACGCAGAUCCGUACGCCUACUUAGAAGGUGGGAUUUGCAUGGAUGGUGCUAUAUACUACGGAGUUGGGCAUACAAGAAUAGCUAGAUUUGAUGUUGGAUCCGAGGAUAUUGCGUUUAUUCAAGGACCCGAAGACUAUAAUGCAAUCUCGUGUUAUUCAACACUCACGAAUUACCAAGGAAAAUUAGCAUGUAUAAGCUACGGUGAAUCCCAUGAGAUGCGUAUGUGGAUUCUACAAGAUGCUGAGAAACAAGAAUGGUCGAACGCCAUGACUUGUUCUGUGCCUUGUGACAAGAAGACAUCUUUGUGCACUGGAGAGAUUCAUACCAACGAGGUUGUAAUGGCUUCUAGAUGGUUAGAGUCAUCUAAGCCUUUCUAUGUUUACUAUUUCGAUAUGAUGAGGGAGAGUAUCAGAAGAGUUCAGAUUGAUGGAAUGGCGGAUAAUGAGUUUAGACGUAUCCACGGAAUUGGCAAGAAUGCUCUUAGGAUUUCGUGUUACCCAGGUCACGUUGAGCAUUUUGUUGGGGCCCCUAUUUGGUACUACAAGUCUUCCUAG